AUGCAGGAGUGCUCAAGGCCGGGACAAAUUAGUGGUUGCAAGCAAACAGAACCCACAGAGCGCCCCGUGAGUACCAGUAAACCCUGUGCGACUCCAUCGAGGAGAAUUGUCAACGGAAAUCACUUCUUCCACGAUCCAAGGCUGCAGCCCGAUAAAGUGGCUGCUUUGGCAUUUAGAAGGAAACUGCUAAAUUCUCAACCUGUUAUGCCGCGCAAACCAAGAAUAUGUCAGCGAAGGUCUUUAUCAGCUGCCGAUGGGGAAUCCUCACCCGACAGACUUAAAGAUGCGAACACGUUUGUACAAAAACGAAGCAGUACCGCAGACCUGGAAGUCCACAUCAGUUAUUGCAGCAUUGACCAAGAUAUGUCACAGCCGCAGAAUCGCGCAAGACACUCGACAAUGAAGCUAUCGUCGCGCAUGUUGGCUUUGCAAGAUUUUUUUAAUCAGCAACAACCUCUUGUUGCUCUUUGGAAGGCUAGCUGCUUGAGGGCUCUGACCGAGGGAAAGCGGUGGAGCAACGCGGAUCUGGACUGGGCACGGAAUAAAUUGAAGGUCUGGUCAUGCAAUAAUGGAAGUCAGCCCUGUGGGUCAGCAAACAGCUGCAGUAGCGGCGGCAGCAACAUUCCCAGCAAGAAAGGUGAGGCACCCAGUUGUUCUUCUUCAGGUCUGGAUGAAGAUUUUGAGACGGCAAACCCGGAUGUACUUCAACGGACUGACGCCUAUCUCCCGUACGGCAACAUCUUCUAUAAAGAUACUGAACACUCCCUGUCUCUGCGACACAAGGAAUACCAGUCUGAGCGCCAUGGCUCCUCUCUGGAGCCGCUCAUCAUGUCGGACAAAAUAACUCCGGAGGCACAAGAGGUCUUACUUGUCUUGAGAGACACCGUCGCUCUACUUAUCGAUGACAUCGUCCUGGUGGAUGCGGAUAUUGCCAAGCGCAACUUCGCUCCAUGCAUCACUAUGGCGGACCAUCUGCUCAUGAUACCGAACAUGCUAAUUGCCCUCAUUGAUCAUUUGCAUUACACACCGCAGGAGUUCGAAUUGGUGUCUGUGGCCAAAAAUAUUAACAGCCUUGUUGAAGAUGUUUCAAACGAUCCAAUUAUCCUACUUUUCAGAAUGAUCGAACUGGGCCAUUAUCUGUACUGUCUCGGGCGACUAUUAGGUGAAAAGAUUGUACCAAAGGACCUUCCACGUCUACUUCAUUCGAUCCAAGUGAAACUUCAACGCCUGAAAGUGGGACGCGUUGUGCGCCAGUACUUCCACGUUCCCAUCAGUUACGACUUCGUUGUCACGCCCUACAACAAAGACAGGCAGCUGCUUCGUCUAGAAGAGGAGUGCAAGUGUUUGGUCAACCUCCUCCACCCAGACGAUCCGCGUUCCAUGUACUGUCCAGCCGGUUAUCGGACCAUCGAGGUCCUGUACGACGAGGAAGCGGGCAAAUUUGAGACAUUCCAUCACCGCCUGAAUCGCAUCCUAAGUCCACGGCGCUGCACGGCUCGUCUUGUUUCAACAAUAUUACGCCAGUUCAAUGGCCAGGAGCUUGCCAUGACUGCAGAACAUGCUAUAGACCUGCUCAGCUCAGGCCAUCGACCACGUUAUGAGGAUGUCAGGGCAUUGGUUCUUACGGGGAGCAGACCCAGCCGCGAGAAACUUCUCAUGGGCACGUGA